UAAAGCGUGUCCGGGCCCGUGCGCGGCCGGCCACACAUCACAUGCGCCGCGCCACAUCCGUCCUUGGAUAUUAGAAAUUACUGCUGCACAGCCCGACAGCCGGCAACGACACCAGUAGCACCAGGGACAGCAAUUUUUUUACCGUCCCGUUGCACCACUAGCCCAGUAGCUCUCCGCCAGCUUCUCGCUCACUCCGCCGCGGGCGAGAUGCAAGCGAAGGCGGAGCAGCAGAGGCGCAGCCGCCUGCGGCAGCGCCUGCUGGGCCUCGCUGCCGACCUGCCGGUGCAGAAGCUCCAGCUCGCCGUCACCGUCACCCCGGCCGCGGCCUCGCUCCUCCCGGCGCUCGCCGUCGCCGCGCUCAUCCUCCUCCUUGCCGCCGCGCGGCGCGCGCCGGCCCCGUCCUCCCUCGACGCCUACCGCUCCGGCGUCGCCGUCGUCGUCCCGCCAUCGGCGCCCGGCGGCGGCACCCCUCGGGGCGCCGGCGCCGCGGCCGCCGCGCCCCAGGUGCCCCCGGGCUGCGACAUCUUCCGGCCGGGCGAGUGGGUCCCCGACGGCGCCGCGCCAUACUACACCAACCUGACCUGCCCGCUCAUCCAGGAGCACCAGAACUGCAUGAAGUACGGCCGCCCCGACACCGGGUUCCUGCGGUGGCGGUGGCGCCCGGCCGGCUGCGACCUCCCGCGGUUCGACGCCGAGGCGUUCCUCGACGCCGUCAGGGACACGUCCAUGGCCUUCGUCGGCGACUCGCUCGCCAGGAACCACAUGCAGUCGCUCAUGUGCCUCCUCACCAAGGUGGCGUACCCCAAGGACAUCUCCAAGACCGCGGAUCCAGAGUUCCGGACGAUGCACUACGAGUCCCACAACUUCACCGUGGCCAUCUUCUGGUCGCCGUUCCUCGUCAGGGGCUACCAGCCGGAUCCCGCCCGCCACAUGUGGGCGAUCCACCUCGACGAGCCGGACGCCGCCUGGGUCUCCGGGAUCGCGGGCUUCGACCGCGUGAUCCUCUCGGCGGCCAACUGGUUCGCCCGCCCGGCCAUGUUCUACGAGGCCGGGCGCGUGGUCGGCUGCCACUACUGCCUCGCCCCGGGCGUCCCGGACCUGACGCACCGGCACUCGCUGCGCAUGGCGUUCCGCGCGGCGCUCCGCGCGCUCACGGGGCCCGGGUCAGCGUUCAACGGGACGGUGAUCAUGCGGACGCUGUCGCCGACGUCGCACUUCGAGGGCGGGCCGUGGGACCGCGGCGGCGACUGCCGGCGGACGCGGCCGCUGGCGGCGAGCGAGGCGCGGAUGGCCGGGCUGGACCUGGACUUCCACACGGCGCAGGUGGAGGAGUUCGCCAGGGCCAAGGCGGCUGCGGAAGCCGGCGGGAGGGCGCCGAGGCUGGUGCUGAUGGACACGACGGCGGCGAUGGUGCUCCGGCCGGACGGGCACCCGAGCCGGUACGGGCACUGGGCGCACGAGAACGUGACGCUGUACAACGACUGCGUGCACUGGUGCCUCCCGGGGCCCAUCGACGCCUGGAACGAGAUGCUGCUCCAGAUGCUCCUGCAGGAUCCAUCCUGACCGUGAUUCACGCGGCAUGCGGACAUCACCGCUGUGGCCCGUGUGCUUUUCUCCGAUCGUUCUUGAUCGUCGUCCGAGCUAAUUGAGCAUCCGAAUUAACUAAUGUGAACAUGGUUUUUGGAUAGUGAUAAUGCGCAUAUAUAAGCGACAAACUGCUGGGUGACAAAU